GCGAGGGAGCAGGGGCGGGGGCGGGGGCGGGGCCGGCCUCACCCGGAAUGAAAACAAACGGCGGCCUCGGCGGCAUCCGGGCACUCGUCCGGUCGCAGCUGGCGCGGCGGUGGCGCAGUUUUACUUUCAAAGAUGGCACAGAAGAAAUAUCUUCAAGCGAAAUUGACCCAGUUUCUAAGGGAAGACAGAAUUCAACUUUGGAAACCUCCAUAUACUGAUGAAAAUAAAGAAGUUGGUUUGGCCUUAAAGGACCUUGCUAAGAAGUACUCUGACCGGCUAGAGGGCUGUGAAAAUGAAGUGGAAAACAUAAUAGAAGAAAUCCGUCGCAAAGCAAUUGAGCGGGGCACAGGAAAUGAACACUACCGAGCAACUGGGAUUGCCACGAUUGAGGUGUUCCUGCCUCCAAGACUCCGGAAAGAUAGGAAAAGCUUGUUGGAGACCCGCUUGCAUGUCACUGGUAGAGACCUAAGGUCUAAAAUAGCUGAAACUUUUGGAUUUCAAGAAAACUACAUCAAGAUUGUAAUAAAUAAGAAACAACUUCAACUAGGGAAAAGCCUUGAAGAACAAGGAGUCACUCACAAUGUAAAGGCGAUGGUGCUAGAGCUGAAACAGUCUGAAGAGGAUGUGAGGAAAAACCUACAGCUGGAGGAGGCGGAACAGAGCAAGGCUGAGCUGAAGGAGAAGCGCAUUCAGAGGACCAAAAGGGGAUUGGAGAUCCUGGCAGAGAGAGCAGAGACAGUGGUAGAUCCAGAAACGACGCCUUACUUAGACAUUGCAAACCAGACAGGCCGGUCAAUCAAAAUUCCCCCUGCUGAAAGAAAGGCCCUUAUGUUAGCUAUGGGAUAUCAUGAGAAGGGCAGAGCUUUCCUGAAAAGAAAAGAGUAUGGAAUAGCCUUGCCAUGCCUUCUGGACGCUGACAGAUACUUCUGUGAGUGCAAAGAGCUGCUGGACACUGUGGACAACUACGCGGUUCUGCAACUGGACAUCGUGUGGUGCUACUUCCGCCUGGAGCAACUGGAAUGCCUUGAUGAUGCAGAGAAAAAGCUGAACUUGGCCCAGAAGUGCUUUAAAAACUGUUAUGGAGAGAAUCACCAGAGACUGGUCCACAUAAAAGGAAAUUGUGGGAAAGAGAAGGUGUUGUUUUUAAGACUCUACUUGCUUCAGGGGAUUCGAAACUAUCACAGCGGAAAUGGAGAGGAGGCUCGGGAGUGCCUCAACAAGGCACGUCAGCUCUUUAAAGAGCUGUACAUUGAUCCAUCAAAAGUUCACAACUUGUUGCAGUUGGGGUUCACUGCCCAGGAAGCCCGGCUCGGCCUGCGGGCCUGUGAUGGGAACGUGGACCAUGCAGCCACUCACAUCUCUAACCGCAGGGAGGAGCUGGCGCAAAUAAGGAAGGAGGAGAAGGAGAAGAGGAGACGCCGCCUGGAAAACAUCAAUGCUUUGAAGGGAAUGGGCUACUCCACACACGCUGCCAAACAGGCCCUUCACCAGGCCAGAGGCAACCUGGACGAGGCCCUGAAGAUCCUCCUUAGUAACCCCAUGUGGUGGCUACUGAACUCAGACCCUGAAAACAACAGCCGUCAAGCAAGGCCUUCCCAGGAAAGCAUUGACCAACUGGUGUACAUGGGUUUCGACACAGCAGUGGCUGAAGCUGCGCUAAGGGUGUUUGGAGGCAACGUCCAGCUGGCAGCUCAGACACUUGCGCAUCACGGAGGAAGCCUCCCUCCCGACCUGCAGUUGUCAGGAGAGGACUCGUCGUCGUCCUCAUCCUCAUCGUCGUCCUCUUCCACUCCAUCCACUCCAUCCACAUCCCCAUCUGAGUCUGCAGGAACUUCUAGUGCCUCUACGGAUGAGGACAUGGAGACAGAGGCUGUCAACGAAAUCCUGGAGGACAUUCCGGAGCAUGAGGAGGACUACCUGGAUUCCACUCUGGAGGAUGAGGAAGUCAUUAUUGCUGAGUACCUGUCCUACGUAGAAAGCAUAAGGUCUGCCGCAAACAACAACUGAACAGAAAUGAGGGCUACGUUUCUGCCUAUAAAUUCUGUCGUUGCGAAUGGUUGAAUGCAGCUCUUCUUUGCGUUCCUCUUGCUCUUCAACGAUUUUGCUCCAAGUAGGCUUCCUCCUCAGGUACAGGGACCCAGAGAGAGAGAGACUUUGCUGGUCAGAGGACAGUCUAGGAAAGGGAAUUCCUCCUCCAGGUCUGCACCCCUGACUCUGCCACUCUAUG